AUGUUGCCGUGGUGGACAUGAGCGAUGUCUCCAGACAGCCUUCCCUCUUCUACCAUCUUGGAGUCCGUGAAAGCUUUGACAUGGCCAAUAACGUGAUCCUGUACCACGACACGGAUGCCGAUACUGCUCUUUCAUUGAAGGAUAUAGUAACUCAAAAGAACACAGCAUCUAGUGGGAAUUAUUAUUUCAUCCCCUACAUCGUGACGCCAUGUGCUGAUUAUUUUUGCUGCGAAAGUGAUGCCCAGAGGCGUGCCUCGGAGUACAUGCAGCCCAACUGGGACACUGUCCUGGGCCCGCUGUGCGUGCCCCUGGUAGACAGGUUCAUUAGCCUCCUCAAGGACAUCCAUGUGACCUCAUGUGCUUACUACAAAGAAACCUUGUUGAAUGACAUCCGGAAAGCCAGAGAGAAAUACCAGGGCGACGAACUGGCGAAGGAGCUGGCUCGGAUCAAACUCCGCAUGGAUAAUACCGAGGUUCUGACCUCAGACAUCAUCAUUAAUUUGCUCCUGUCCUACCGUGAUAUCCAGGACUACGAUGCAAUGGUGAAGCUGGUAGAAACACUGGAGAUGCUGCCUACGUGUGAUUUGGCCGAUCAGCACAAUAUUAAAUUCCACUAUGCAUUUGCACUGAAUAGAAGAAACAGUGAAGGUGACCGAGAGAAGGCUCUCCAGGUCAUGCUCCAGGUUCUGCAGAACUGUGACCACCCAGCCCCUGACAUGUUCUGCCUGUGUGGGAGGAUCUACAAGGACAUCUUCUUGGAUUCGGACUGCAACGAUGAUGCCAGCCGAGACAGAGCCAUUGAGUGGUAUCGCAAAGGAUUUGAACUCCAGUCAUCUCUUUAUUCUGGAAUUAACCUUGCAGUUUUGCUGAUAGUUGCUGGACAGCAAUUUGAAACUUCCAUGGAACUAAGGAAGAUAGGUGUGCGGCUGAAUAGUCUGUUGGGAAGAAAAGGGAGCUUGGAGAAAAUGAACAAUUACUGGGAUGUGGGUCAGUUCUUCAACGUCAGCAUGUUGGCCAAUGAUGUCGGGAAGGCUGUCCAAGCAGCAGAGAAGUUAUUCAAACUGAAACCUCCAGUCUGGUACCUGCGAUCAUUAGUUCAGAACUUACUAUUAAUUCGGCGCUUCAAGAAACCCGUUAUUGAACAUUCACCCAGGCAAGAGCGCCUGAACUUCUGGUUGGAUAUCAUUUUUGAGGCAACAAAUGAAGUUACCAAUGGACUCAGAUUUCCAGUUCUGGUGAUAGAGCCAACCAAAGUCUACCAGCCUUCUUACGUUUCUAUAAACAAUGAAGCGGAGGAGAGAAUGGUUUCUUUAUGGCAUGUCUCACCCACAGAAGUGAGACAAAUCCAUGAAUGGAAUUUUACAGCCUCUUCCAUUAAGGGAAUAAGCCUAUCUAAGUUUGAUGAACGGUGUUGUUUUCUUUAUGUACAUGAUAAUUCUGAUGACUUUCAGAUCUACUUUUCUACCGAAGACCAGUGUAGUAGAUUUUGCUCUUUGGUCAAGGAGAUGAUAAGCAAUACUGUGGGAAGUACAGUGGAGCUGGAAGGAGAGAUGGAUGGAGAUACCUUAGAGUAUGAGUAUGACCAUGACGCAAAUGGUGAUAGAGUCAUCUUGGGGAAAGGCACGUACGGGAUUGUGUAUGCCGGCCGAGAUCUGAGCAAUCAAGUGCGAAUAGCCAUCAAAGAAAUCCCGGAGAGAGACAGCAGGUAUUCUCAGCCUCUGCACGAAGAGAUAGCCCUGCACAAGUAUCUCAAGCACCGCAACAUUGUUCAGUACCUGGGCUCUGUUUCGGAGAAUGGCUACAUUAAGAUAUUUAUGGAGCAGGUGCCUGGAGGAAGCCUUUCUGCUCUUUUGCGAUCCAAAUGGGGGCCAAUGAAGGAGCCUACCAUCAAGUUUUACACCAAACAGAUCCUGGAAGGCCUUAAGUAUCUCCACGAAAACCAGAUCGUGCACAGGGACAUAAAGGGUGACAAUGUUCUGGUGAACACCUACAGUGGAGUGGUGAAAAUCUCCGAUUUUGGAACCUCUAAGCGUCUUGCAGGAGUGAAUCCAUGCACAGAGACUUUUGCGGGUACUCUGCAGUACAUGGCCCCCGAGAUCAUCGACCAAGGACCUCGCGGGUACGGUGCCCCCGCAGACAUCUGGUCUCUGGGUUGCACCAUCAUCGAGAUGGCCACCAGCAGGCCUCCGUUCCAUGAGCUCGGCGAGCCGCAGGCAGCGAUGUUCAAAGUGGGGAUGUUUAAGAUCCACCCCGAGAUUCCAGAAGCCCUUUCAGCUGAAGCCAGAGCCUUCAUUUUAUCGUGUUUUGAGCCUGACCCGAACAAACGUGUCACCGCCGCUGACCUACUCAAAGAGAGUUUCUUAAGACAGGUGAACAAGGGCAAGAAGAACCGAAUCGCUUUCAAACCCUCAGCUCGGCCACCACCUCAGUGUUCCUCCAGACGAGAGCUCAGCCUCAGAAGACCGGAGCGCCGCUUCGUCCCCGGAGGACAGGGACCCGGGCCUCUUCCUGUUGCGCAAGGACAGCGAGCGCCGCGCCAUCCUACACAAAAUCCUCUGGGAGGAGCAGGACCAGGUGGCUUACAACCUGCAGGAGUGCGUGGCCCAGGUACAGGCCCCUCUGCAUCUCUCCAUCGGCCACAUCAAGCAGAUCAUUGGGAUCCUGAGGGACUUCAUCCACUCCCCGGAGCACAGGGUCAUGGCAUCCACCAUCUCCAAGCUAAAGGUGGACCUGGACUUUGACAGCUCGUCCAUCAAUCAGAUUCACCUGGUACUGUUCGGAUUUCAGGAUGCCGUAAAUAAAAUCUUGAGGAACCACCUGAUUAGACCCCACUGGAUGUUUGCGAUGGACAACAUCAUCCGCCGUGCAGUACAGGCUGCGAUCACCAUUCUCAUCCCAGAGCUCCGAGCCCACUUUGAGCCUGCUUCUGAGACUGAAGGGGCAGACAAGGACAUGGACGACGUGGAAGACUAUCCCCCAGCAGACCCGCCCAGCAGUGAGGUGCAGGUUGCAUGUGGAGGGAGCAGACCCGGCUCAGUUGUUGUCCAGGAGGCCCACUCACACCAGCUCCACCAGCAGCAACUGAGCCUCCAGCUGGGCAAGCUCAGGCAGGAGACCAACAGACUUUUGGAACACCUAGUUCAAAAAGAGAGAGAGUACCAGAAUCUUCUACGACAAACUUUAGAACAGAAAACUCAACAACUGUAUCACCUUCAGUUACAAUUUAAACCUAACGACAUUACAGAGAACCCAGCACCCCCUCAUGGGCAGAGAACAGACAAAGAGCUCAUAGACUGGUUGCAACGGCAAGGGGCAGAUGCAAAUACAAUUGAAAAGAUUGUUGAGGAGGGUUAUACACUUUCUGAUAUUCUCAAUGAUAUCACUAAAGAAGAUCUAAGAUACCUCAGACUACGGUAAGAGAAGUCUCAAAAGAGUCUGUCUAACAGAAAGUUACGUAUUUUCUGUGUAUAUUAACUGUCUUUCCUAAAGCUUAAAUCAGAAAACACACUACUCAGCUUUCCCCCUCCAAACUCUGGAGUUUUACCAGGCAGGAAAAGUCACAAGUAGGAGGGUGACACACAAGACCUCCUGCCCUUCAUGCCUGGCUGGGAGUGGGCCGAGGUGAGCCACAAGGUAGCAGCACACCUGAUCCAAUCCCGUAACUGCACCCUGUGCUAUUUUACACAGCCAACUCUAUCUGAGCCACCAGCACCCUUGCACGUACCUCUAAGGCCAUGCCCCACCAUGGCUGAGACACAGUGCCACCUCCUUACAUGAAGAGAAUAUGUUUUUUGUCUCAUUAAAGACACAUUCUUAAGACCAGAUGGCAAAUCCAAACAAAUCUGGAGCUCUGUAAGGACUCCAACAGAAGUACUUGGUAUUGCUGGUUCACACACACUUCUUUUCUGGUGCUCAAGAUGACCCUAUUCUUUCCUAGUGGUGGGCUCCUCUGCAGGCUCUGGAGCGCUGUCUCGCAGCACAGAAGAC